ACCAAUCCUAGCGCAGAAGGAGGGAUCAGACGGAAUAGCGGUGGUAAAGAGCGACAGUCUGGGUUGUUUGUUGUGCUCCUCCUCCUGGCUGUGAUAAUAGGUCCUUUUCCCGCGAAAUGCUCUGUGCGUUUCCGUGAGAGACAGAGAGGGGAGAACAGAAGAAGAAAAAUAAUACAAGAGGAGAGGGAGAGGGCUUCGGCUUCCGGAGCAACAUGGCUGCUGUUUACUCGGAGAAACAGGCCGGGCUGCAAAUAAACAUCGAGAAUGUGUCGUCGGAAAAUGAGAAAGACUCGUCCCCGGAGAACAGCACAGACUCAGCGAGCUGUGAGAAAGACUUAAGUGUAGAAAACAGCGGUGUGGGAGGCGGCGUGAGAGCCGGCAGUCCUGCACCGGAGGCCCGAGAACACGCAGAAACUGCGGCAUUCAGCGGUGCGGUUCCUGCGAUCAGAAUCAAAGAGGAGCCGCCCGAGGACACUGAAUACGUGGCCGUGCAUUUGGACGAUGUCGAGGAGGAAGACUGGGACGAGCAGACCGGCAGAGGAGCACAUUUCGCGGGCAGAGAUGAAGGUACCGAGGGGGAUUGGCCAUUUUGCUGUGAAGAAAAGAGUGAGGCCUUUGGGAACAAGGAGGCAUACACAGAGCAUCGCCGGGAGCACACCCAUGAUGGCCCCAUAGUCUGUCUGGACACUGACUCCCAGUGGGACAAUCUGCUCGUCUCCACAGACGGAGGUCAUCAAACCUUAUGCUGUGCUCUGUGCGGUUGCAAAUUUUCAAACUCAAGAGAGUUUUUUACUCACCAGCUUAAACACCGUAAUGACAUCAUUAAACAGGAAUCGAUUUUGGAGACUGGUGAGGGUUUAUCAAAACAGAGAGUUUUUGAGUGCAAAGACUGUGGUAAGACGUACGCAUCAAUUGGCCAAUGCCUUAAUCAUCAGCGUUCACACAAGCAGGCCUCAAAAUCGGUUUUCCAUCAGUUGGACCAUUUAAAGAAAAAGUCCUUUCAGUGUCCCACCUGUGGCCGCUCUUACUCUCGUGCAUCGGCUCUUGAUGCACAUCGCCGUUGCCACGAGGAGAAGUUGUUUAAGUCAAGAAACAGCGAAGGCGAGAAAAACCUAGCUGAUGAAGUUGCAAUUAAAACUGAAGACACCGCUGACACAAGUUCUGAACAGCUAGAGGAGUCGCCAAAAAAACAUUUUGAGUGCUUGGACUGCGGAAAAUCUUUUCGCACUAUGUGCGGCCUUGGGACACACCAGAGAUUCUCUGUCAACUGUUCAAGCACUACAGUUAAGGUGCGCGUCAAGCGUUCGUUUGACUGCACCGAAUGUGGAAAGACUUUUCACCGUCCUAUGGCAAUGGCAUGUCAUCAACGUUGGCAUAAAAGAAAAGAGCAGUUCCAAGGUAACGACCAGCCACUUCAGUGUAAGGAAUGUGGCAAGGUUUUUACUUCAUUAACAUUCUACAAUAAACACCAGCGAAUGGUUCAUAGUAAAGAGAUGCCAGCCAAGAGUUUCCUGCAUCAAGUCUUUCAGCUCCAGAAGAAGGCUUUUGAAUGCCAGGAAUGUGGUCGUCGGUUUUCUCGCGCUUCUGCGUUGCAUUCACAUCAGCUCUGUCACACCGAUGUUUUUGGUGAGAUUAUGGAGGGGAGUUCUCAAAAGUCCAGUUCAGAACAAACAAUCGUCUCCGACCAGAAUAACCAAGACAAGGCUGCAGAUUUUGCUGGAGCCACAGUGUAUUCACAAAAUGUAGUGCAAACCAAUGUUUUAGUAAAAGAAUUGAGGCGUGACGGAACAUUUUGCACAGAAGGUCAUAAAGUAGAUGAUUUUAAACCGCUCAACAUAGCAGCUUCUGACUGUCAUAGACGUGACCAUGGCUCCCAACAAAACCCUGAUCUUGAAUUGGUGUGCGAAUCAGACCAGGAGGAGAAAGACUUUAACUUGAACCCAUGCAAAGAAACCGUGCUCUCUUCUCAGCCUGGAGAUCUAGAGAUCGAUGUUGUACAGAUAGGCUGUGUGAAUUUCAGUGAGGGAUUAGGGAAGGCAGAGAUAGACCAAAGUCCUUCGCAAGAGGCUAAGAAGUAUGAAUGCUCAGAGUGUAAUCGGACAUUUGAUAAGGCAGUUUCUUUGCGCUGUCACAUGUUAUGGCACAGAGGAGGAAUGGGGAAAAAGUCACGUUACUGGAGAAAAAUUCACACCACAAAUCCCAAAAGGAAAGCUUUAAUCAAAUGUGAGAUUUGUGGCCAUGAAAGUUUCACCAAGGCUUCUCACUACGUUCAUCUGGGAAAACACGAAGACAGAAAACCCUACAAGUCUAUUAUGUAUCAGCUUGCAAAUCUGCAGAAAAACGGCUUCAAAUGUGACCUAUGCGGAAUGCAAUUUUCUCGCCUGUCUGCUCUGCAGUCUCAUCAGCAGCAUCACAACAAACGGAAGAAACCUUAUGAAUGCUUACAGUGUGACAAAAGCUAUUCAAACCUCAGUACUCUUAGCAACCAUCGGAAAGUUUGCAGUGGUAAGGAACCUCUUAAAACCAGUGACGAAGACAGAAAGACGGAGCAGUUUAAUCCAAGUAAGACACUAUUGGGUCCCAAAGUUCAUCAUUGUAAAAAAUGUGGGAAAGGAUUCUGGUCUAUGGGAGCCCUCUUUCAUCAUAAACAGUAUCAUCCGCAGUGUGCCGACGUUAAUGCUAGCAGUUCAGGAGCCACCCUUACCUCUGAAAAUGGACAUGCAAGACGCAAGAGGCGAGGUCAUAAGAGGGUUAUGAUGAGUAGUCACAAUCAUAAACCUCACGUAAUGUCUGAUCGCAUCAAAUCCAAAUUGUAUAAAUGUGAUGUUUGCGAUAAAUCCUAUCGUGUUAUAGGCUGCUUUCUUAAACAUAAGCUUCUCCACCAAAACCAAGGUAUCCCACCUCCAGUAAAGUCGUUUGACUAUCAGGUUGAACAACUGCAAAAGAACAUGUAUAGAUGUCCUGACUGUGGAAAAAACUUUUCUCGUGCCAUGGCACUUCAGUUCCAUAUGAGAAGUCACGGCUAUGAAACAGGCCUUCCAAUGGAACAAGCAAUGCUGUCCACCAAGUCUGAUGGGCUUCAGUGCCCAAUCUGCCAUGCUGUUUUCAACUGUGAGUCGUCACUAGAAAUUCAUCAAAAACACUGCUCAACAGCCAAAGGGACAGACGUGGACAUGUGUCGAGAAGCGGAACGGGACAAUCUUGGUGCACCUAAAGAAAAUAAUGUUCAAAAACAGACGCAUGCAGAUGUAAAAGACAUGUCUGAAAAAGAACUCAAAAUACCAUCCUUUACAUCUGACAUGAAAUAUGCAUGUGAUGACUGUGGCAGAAGCUUUUCUGUUGUAGGUGCACUUAACUUUCAUAAGAGAAUUCACCGUAAAUCUCCCAUUUCCAUUGAGUCACAGUCUGAAUGUGUAAAUGUGUCGCCCAGCAAACCUGAAGAGCCAACAGCCAAGGCUCCAUUUUUCUGUACAGAAUGUGGGAGGAAAUUUUCUACUAAUUCUGCCCUCGGUACACACCGGAGAUGGCAUAAAGACAAGAAAUUGGCCAAAUUUAUAUUAAAGAGUAGUAAAAUGUCAAGGAAAAAUAUGGAGAAUGGUCCUUUUUUGUGUAACUUGUGUGGGAAGGGAUUCUUCUAUCUAUGUGUUCUCCGUCGGCACCAGAAAUAUCAUCCACCGAUUGUGGCCCAGCCUGAUCCUGAAGUAAAUCUUAAAAUGACUGAUCUCCUCAGCAAUGCUUCUCCAAAGAGCAGCUUAGACUGCCCAGACUGUGAUGCAUCUUUCCUUAGUGGAUCUCUCUUAGCAGCCCACUUUGCCUCCCAUCAUGCCAAGCCACCUGUGGUUAAAGCUAAGCAACACGUACAGGAGCCCCCACUUGGUGUACAAGUCUCAGAUAAUCCUAUUAUACCAAUCAGAAGCUCACCCACAGCUGCCAUGUUGGCAGUUGGAGGAGACAAACCAAAGAUAAAAUACCACUGCCUCCAGUGUAACAAGAAAUUUGUAAAUGCAAGAGGUCUUCGUGCACACAAAUGGCAGAAGCACAGGAAGACCAGAGGGCGACCACCAGCAAGCAUGAAUGGAGGCAUAAAACCUUUUCCUUGCUCAUGGUGUGAUAAGCGCUAUAGAUCACAAGGAGCCCUGCAGAACCAUGUACGGUCAUGCACUGCAAAUAACAACAGAAAUCUGAAACAACCACAUAAACCAGACGUAGUGAAGGAGCCGCCAUUACAGCAUAGGGCUUUAGAGUCCGGUGCAAAGUGCCUCUUCAAAUGUAAUAAAUGUGGUAAAGCGUUUCCCACUGAAAAGCAAUUGGAUGCUCAUAAAGAAGCCACAAAGACACGCCCUCACUGUUGUGCGCUAUGCUGUCGUGGCUAUUGGACUGAAUCUCAGCUACAGCAGCAUCUCAUUUGGCACGAUGAAGUACGGCGACGUCUCCCAGCUGAUCUUCGUUACAGGCUUAACAGCUCUGUAGUGUCAGGAUCUUCAGCUAAACUCCUGGUCUCAAGCACAAACCUGGUAUCCCCAGCGAAACUACCUUCGACUGGUGCUAAUUUGCAGAUGGACAAAAAUUACAAAUGUCACCAAUGCAGCAAAAUGUUUAUUUCCCCACAUGCACUCAAGGAGCACCAGGCUCUCCACAAGAGUGAGGAGCCUUAUCUUUGCUCUCUUUGUCCAAAGACAUUUGCUGAGAUCAGAGAUCUCAUUGAUCAUCACCAGGAAUGUUUGGGUCAUGAAGAAUUAGGAGCCACUCCUUUACCUGCUUCUCCUCGAGAUACAGAGAGCCUGACAUGCAUUGAGUGUGGGAUUUCUUUCAAUCAGGAAACAGACUUGCAUCAGCAUUACAUUGAUCAUGCACGUGGAGAAUUCUGAGUUCUGAUUAAUUGAAGUUUAAUUAGCCUGAGGUAGUUUGCUCACAAAUUUCCUUUACUUUGUUUUUGGUUGUUUUGGGGUUUGUUUGUUUUUUAAAUGCAGAGAAAUUAACUACAGUAGUUCUAGUGUGUGCAGAUGAAUUGGCUCUAUUAGAUGCUAUAUAAUACCACUAUAAUAGCCUGUUAUGUGACAUUUGCUGCACUUAAAACAAUAGUCAUCACUGCAGAGAUUUUAUACACAUGCUCAGUUUUCAGAAUGCAAAGUAGUGACAAAUAGUUGUAAUCAAGCAUUUUCAAGCUUUGCUGAUCAUUUAAUGAUAAUUUUGAAAGAAAAAGAAGCCUGUUCUAAAGAAGAAGCCUGUCCUUGUAAAUGUUUGAAUGCUGUUGCUUACUUUAGUUAUUCAGCAAUAUGACUCAUUGUGAUAUUAAUUAAGUAGAGAUAUUAUAUAUCCAAAAUGUAGUCUAUGAUGAAUUUUUUUUUUGUAAUAUUAAACCUCGUGGCAUUUUAACUGAAAUAAAGGUGAUGCAGUGUGUAACAGCAAUGUUUGGAAUUAACGUAUGGAGUUUGCCCUGUUAUUUAGAUGUAAAUAUACAGCUCUGUGCAAAGGUUUUAGGCACAUGUGAAGAAAUGCUGUAGAGCAAAGAUGUCUUCAACACAUUGUAAAGAGUAGUAAAUGAAAAAAAGAAAGUCAGUAUUUAGUGUAUGGAAAAAAAAUAAAAAGAGUAGUCUCCGGUACAAUUUGUGCAGUUUUAGAAGGAAAUGAGCUGUAAGUUUUAUUGAGCAUCUUGCAGGACGGGAUAUGGUUCUUCUGGGGACUUGGACUGUCGUAUUUGUGUCUUACGUGCUGGUCUCUUACGUGCUGCUUUCUUUAAUGACCUACAAACAUUUUCUGUAAUAUUUAAUUUUGUGCUAGAAAACUAAUGGUUGGGAAUCUAACGUUUUUGUACCGAUUUGAUAAUGUAGAAGUCAUAAAAUAAAAUCUAUAACAAAGUUUGUACAUAAAAAAAAAAAAAAAAUAGGAUGCCUAAAACUUUUGCACAGUAUUGUAUAUGUAUACAUUUUUUUGGUCACCUACAUGCACUGGUGGUCUUGUCAUCUACUGUAUAUAAUUAAUUGUUUUCACCAGUUUUUGUGUUGAUAUUCGUCCUUGUGAUUAAUCAGAAUUAGCCUUGACUCAGCCAGACUGGUGAUAACAAAUAAUACAUUCAUUUUGAAGUGACUAGUUUGAAUUAAAUGCAGUUCAGUGGAUAUUUAACAUUUGGAUUUCAUUAUGAUGAAAUGUUUUGACCCCUUUUAUGGAAAAUUUGACUGGACCUUCAAGGACUCCUCAUGUGAAUUUAACAGGUGGCUCAUGUCUUUCGAGCAACUUCUUUUAAAUAAAUAAAUAAAUAAAUGACUGAAAAUAGCAGAGUGUUUCGCAGAGGUUGUAAUUAAUUUGCGUUUGUGCUGUGCAUAGUAGCAUAUGCUCAGUUUUCCACAUGUGUCCCUACUCAUGGACAAUUAUUUUCCAAUAGCAAUGCUUUUUAUUGUUUGUAGCUGUGUUUUCUCUGUGGUAAAACUCUUGACAGUACAAACCCAAAUCAUGUGUGUAGUGUGUUUACUGAUUAUACCUUAAAGCCCAAACCUAUUCAGAAAUGCUUUUAAAUUACUCGCUGCUUAAUAACUUUUUUACAUUGGUUUCUUGUCCAGUAUGUUUAUCGUUUGCCGUGAGGAAGCAUUUAAAAUGAAUGUAGAUAUGACUGCUAUUCACAUAUAGUAUCUUUUCUUAGUGUUUUACCUGUAUGUAUUUAGACCUGAUUUUUUUCCCCCUCUGACAAUGUUGAAUGACGUUAGAACAGACAUCUCUUACAGAGGCAGGUUGUCUUUGUUGGAAAGGAAUUCUGCUGUAAUUAUGUGUAGUGUAUUUAAGUACAUGAAAUGAUUCUACGAAGAUGAGUGAAUAAACCUCUGAAUAUGCAA